AUGUUAAAAUUCAAUUCAAAGAUUGAAAGCAAAUUUGGAUUAUUGAAGUUUGAGCUAUCAAACAUGAAGGUCUUGCGGUAUUUGAUUGAAACUAAAACAGAAUUGGUUGUUGAAGAUGACUUCAAAAAACGUAAUGAUAAUGGUAACGAAAAUGGUAAUGUCAAUGGUAACGCCAAUGGUGCUGGUGGAGACAAUGGUAAUUCUAAUGGUAAUUCUAACGGUGGCUACUGGGGCUAUUUAGGAUAUAAUGGUAACAACAACGGUAAUGCAAAUGGUAACAGUAAUGAGGAUCUUUUGAAAAAUUACAUAUUUACAUCUUCUAAUAUUACUGAUUACUCUACAAUCUCUGCCAUCUCAAUUACUAUCCUUUGUCAACCCUACGAAACCAAAUACAUUAAAAAUGAUAACUCUAACAACGACGAUGUAUUCAUAUACACCUGUUAUUUUUACUAUGUCUUCAUCUUCUACUCAAUUUCAAUCAAAUUUUACUACCAAUUAAAUAACAAUAGCAAUCAAAACAAUAGUAAUAUCAAGAAUGAUAUUUCCUUAUAA